CGCAGCACAUCCGGCUUAUCAGACGCACAUUCUACGUCGAUUCAGAUAUUGGAGUUGCACGUCCAUCUUAUUCCAGCCCACAUUACAUUAUGAUGCUGGAAGCUCUUACUAGGAAUACCAACUAUGCAGCUUGCAUCGUCACAGUCGUAGCGGUACUCGCUGUGUUAUACAAGAGAUUCUCGUUUGAGGGCAGGAAGGGCAUCCUCCUUCCACCUGGACCUCCCGCCCGUUGGUUUUGGAGCAACGCUUUGCCUGCUGUGAAUAUGGCCUAUGCGCUGACCAAUUUAGUUCGAGAGUAUGGGCCUGUUGUGUCGUUCCGACAAGGCAGCCAAGUGAUAAUUGUCAUUGGCAGCGUGGAGGCAGCUGUAGAUAUUAUGGAGAAAGAAGGUGGAUCACUAGUAGAUCGACCUCGUUCCAUUGCCGCGAGUGAGAUGCUCUCAAAUGGAUUGAGUCUCACCAUGGCUCGUUACGGAGAACGCUUCCGGCGCCUCCGAAAAGCAGUGCACCCUCAUUUGCAGCCAAAGGCGGCAGAGGAAUACCAAGAUAUGCAGCGCGAGAACGCGAUGAGCUUCAUAUUGGAUAUGCUAAAUGACCCGACGGCCCACCAGAAGCACGCACAGCGGUAUGCAGCAUCAGUCAUUCUUCGGGUGGCUUAUGGGAAAUCUGUGCCUACUGCCAACACCGAUCCCGAAGUUGUCCGUAUCUACAAAGUCGCCAAGCAUUUUCAAGCCACGGUUCGCCCAGGAGCUUAUCUCGUCGAUCGUGUGCCCCUUUUGCGCUACUUGCCUGGUUACGGAAAGCAACUUUACGAGUGGCAUCGUGAGGAGCUUGAGCUAUUUAGGCAUCAGCUAAGGCGUGUCAAGAGUGAAAUGGAUCAAAACAAAGCUGGCCUCUCUUUCACCAAGGCACUAUUGGAAAAUACUGAAGAACAUAAACUCUCUACAGAUGAGAUGUCGUAUCUCGCUGGAUCACUCUUCAGGGCGGGAUCUGAUACGACUGCUGUUGGAAUUACUGCUACUGUUAUGGCUGCAGCAUGCCACCCACUGGCUCAGGCAAAGGUGCAUGAGGAGCUAGAUAUGGUGAUCGGGUUAGACAGAGCGCCGACAUUUGAUGACUCAAGCUCCCUCCCGCAAUUACAUGCGUUCUUGUUGGAGACUCUGAGAUGGAGACCCAUCGUUCGCAUAGGAUUUCCCCACCAUGCCACAAAGGAUAUCUUAUGGCGAGGAUACUGCAUUCCCAAGGGCGCAACAGUCUACGGCUGCCACUGGACUCUUUCUCGCGAUCCUGUUGUCUUCCCAGAUCCUGAAAUAUUCAAUCCCCAGCGCUGGCUUGAUUCGGAAGGCCGCCUUCAGGAAAACAAUAUGAAGUUCAUCACGUAUGGCUUUGGUAGGCGUACAUGUCCCGGCCAGCACCUCGCAAACCGCUCGUUGUACAUUACCCUCGCACUUCUCUUGUGGUCUUUCCGCAUUGUUCAACGACCUGACGCACCGAUCAACACUCAGGCUUUCAGCGACGCAGUCGUUUCCCAUACAGCGCCAUUUGAAAUCGAUGUCAUCCCGCGGGUCGAGGUUGCGAAGCUGAGAGCGAUGAUGACAGAAGGGUGUAUGGAUUAGAGUGUUUUUGCUAAGUGACAUAUCAAGGUCUUCGACAAAGCAUUGUUCAACAGUUUGACGCACCGAUCAACACACAUGCUCUCAGUGACAUAAUCAGGCCACGGAGGCGUGCAUAAAAUGUGUUUCAACUGCUUCGUGCUGCUAUCCGCACCCACCGAUUGCUUCCCGCUGCCUCAUACCAUUCAUUAUAUUUAGGACCAAAAGCCCCAAUCUC